AUGAUGUCCAUAUUACAUACCAACAACAUGGUACGUCCUCUGUUAGCCAUCCUCCUCCUGUCAUCAGCUUUGAACCACUUGUCAUCUGCUGCAACACUAGCUGAUAGUAGCACCCACACCAGCAGAGAUGCUCUGCUCUGCCUCAAGUCCUGCAUUGGCGGUACCACACUGGCCAUGGCUACGUGGAACGACGGUGCCUCACCGGAUUUCUGCACUUGGCUUGGGGUCACAUGUACAAGGAGGAAAGGGCAACCACCCCUCGUGGUGGACUUGGAUAUGGAAGCCGAAGGACUCUCCGGUGAGAUCCCACCAUGCAUCUCCAACCUCACUUCUCUGGUAAGAAUCCACUUGCCCAACAACCAGCUCUCCGGCCAUAUCCAGUCGGAACUUGGUCGGCUCUCUGGACUCAGGUACCUCAACCUCAGCGUCAACACGCUCAGCGGCACUAUCCCUCUCAGUCUUGGUGUGCUUCACAACCUUUCUUCUCUAGACUUGGGUAGCAAUGGACUAUCCGGUGAAAUUCCACCUUUCAUGAAGUCAAAGCUCACAUACCUAAGUCUAGUCGGAAACAGCCUUACCGGAGUCGUGUCGCCAUCGAUGGAAAAUCUCUCAUCCCUUACAUACCUCUUGCUUGCGCAAAACCAGUUGCAAGGAUCCAUUCCUGAUUUGGGUGAACUGUCAAGCCUACAAAACCUUGAUCUCUCCUACAACAAUCUAUCAGGGACAGUACCGCCCUCCAUUUACAAUUUGUCCUCAUUAAACUACCUUGGGUUGUCCAACAAUAAUCUUGGAGGAACACUACCUUCUGGUAUGGGCAACACACUUCCUAACAUCCAAAUACUGAUGAUGCAUAAUAAUCAUUUUGAGGGGGCUAUCCCAGCCUCGCUGCAGAAUGCCUCCAGCAUGACGAUUAUCCAUCUAGGCAACAACUCUUUGACUGGGGUGAUUCCUUCUUUUGGCUCCAUGCCAAACUUGAAGCAUGUAAUGUUGUACUCAAAUCAGCUAGAAGCCGGAGACUGGGCAUUCUUCUCCUCCUUAGCAAAUUGUACACGUUUGCAGCAACUGAACUUGGGUAGAAACAACCUUCAGGGAGAUUUACCACCGAAUUCCAUAGAGAAUCUGCCCAAAAGCUUGACCGCUCUAACUCUUCGGUCAAACAUCUCUGGCACCAUUCCCUUGGAGAUUGGAAACUUGUCUAAUCUUGCCAUGCUCUAUCUUGAUAGAAAUCUUUUCGGUGGGCCUAUACCUUCUACCCUUGGUCAACUAAGCAAUCUUGUCGUGCUUAGCCUAUCACAGAACAAUUUUUCUGGGGAAAUACCUCCUUCCGUUGGAAGCCUACACCAGCUGCAAGAGCUCUAUUUGCAAGAAAAUCAAUUGAGUGGAAGCAUACCUACAAGUCUAGCCAGCUGUGAGAACUUACUUGCAUUAAACCUUUCAUGUAAUACCCUUGGUGGAAGCAUAAGUGGAGACAUGUUGGGCAAGUUGAAUCAGUUGAGUUGGCUACUUGAUUUAUCACACAACCAACUCGCAAUGUCCAUACCAGUAGAGGUAGCUUGA